UCCAUCAGAUUUAUCAACGACAUGGAACCUAGAAACCUAAUAGAUGUUUCAGAAUUCCUACUCCUGGAAUUGACAGAUGAUCUAGAACUACAGCCCCACCUAUUCUACCUGUUCCUGACCAUGUACCUGGCCACCGUUCUGAGAAGCCUGCUCAUCAUCCUGGCCAUCAGCUCUGACUCCCACCUGCACACCCCUAUGUAUUUCUUCCCCCACAAUCUGUCCUUUAUUGGCAUCUGUUUAAGCACUGUCACAAUCACCUUCCCAGAGGUGCUGGUAAACAUACAAGCACAGGAUCAGAGCACCACUUUUAUAGGUUGCCUCACUCAGAUUGGCCUUGUUGUGGUUUUGAGUGGAUUUGAGAAUUUUCUCCUUGCAGCGAUGGCUUCUGACUGCUAUAUGGCCAUUUGUCACCCCUUGAGGUAUAUGGUUAUCAUGAACCCUCAUCUCUGUGUUCUGCUGGCUAUACUCUCACUGUUCCUUAGUUCUGUGGUUGCCCUGCUCCACAGUCUGAUGGUGCUGCGCUGUCCUUCUGCAAGACUGUGGUCAUAUUUAGAGACUAACUUCCACCUGAUCCCAUGGUAG